AUGUCACUCCAAGUCUACCUAAAGCACGCCUACAAGGAAGUGCGCCUUGCAUCAGAAUCCUUCAUUAGUUCGGUAGAUGGAAUUGACGGCAUCCUUCAACGAGAGCGCGAGAACCUCAUACUGGUAUAUGGAGGGUCUUUCAACCCACCACAUCGCGGCCACCUUGACGUGCUACUAUCCGUGCUUAGGCCUGAAGUUUCACCAAUAGCCAUUGUCGUCCUUCCGAGCGAAAACUUCCAUCUAAGAAAUAAGCUCAUCGAUAGCCAUCCCGAAUUCUUCCUCAGCCGAGAGAGACGUGCUAACUUGUGGAAUGCUAUGCCGAUGAUUCCCAAGGACAAGGUAUGGGUGUGGCCAAGUACAUGGUAUCCCUUUCUGCCGUUCACAGAAGCCGUCGUCAGGCUGGCGAAAAGUGACGGCUUCAAAGUUGUAUUUUGCCACUUGAUCGGGCCAGACAACUUGAACCGCUUGGAUCCGCUCAUGAACUUGCCAUACAGGCUACCCAGGAUCCUCGUGUCGAGCAGAGCCCGUCAUGUUCCAGAACACUUCACAGUCGGAGGUUGCCCAAAACGGUGGACCAAUUUCGGCAGCUGGUCGCGUGCUGAUCGCACAUGUGGUGUGACGGAGGCCAACGAACAAGACCCGGCGGUCUUGUGGAGCUGCUACGGGUUAAGCGACAGUAAAGGAGACUCUGAUGGAACUGAAAAGAUGGGAUACUAUCUGGAGUUUGAGACUUCGUACGCCACUGACAUAAACUCGACAGCGCUAAGAGGAGACUUGCUAAGGACUUCUGGGCUCACUGAGCAGAGGUUGAAUACAAUGAGCACGGAGGACCUGAUGAAGCUCAUUAUGCCGUUUUUUUAG